AUGGAACCAAUCGCAUCUCAGCCAGUCAGAUUCCUCCACGUGGUGGCCAUGCCUUGGCCCGGAAGAGGCCACAUCAACCCGAUGAUGAACCUCUGCAAACGCCUCGUUCGCCGAUAUUCAAACCUCACAGUCACAUUCGUCGUCACCGAAGAAUGGCUCGGGUUUAUCGGAUCCGACCCGAAACCCGACAUGAUCCAGUUCGCCACACUCCCCAAUCUCAUCCCUUCGGAGCUCGUCCGAGCCAAAGACUUCAACGGCUUCGUCGACGCCGUGUAUACCAGAUUGGAGGAGCCGUUCGAGCGGCUGCUUGACCGCCUCAGUUCUCCGCCUCCGACCGCAAUCAUCGCCGACACUUACGUCAUAUGGGCGGUGCGUGUCGGGGAACGAAGGAAUACUCCGGUGGUUUCUCUGUGGACUAUGUCGGCGACGAUUCUCUCCCUCUUCCUUCACUCCGAUCUACUCAUAAGUCACGGCCAUGCUCUGUUCGAACCUUCAGAAUCAAAAGAAGAUGAAAUUGUAGACUACAUCCCUGGUUUAGCUCCAACGAAGCUCCGGGAUCUUCCGCCAUUAUUCGACAGCUACAACCACCGAGUCUUCAAGGUAGCCAAGUUGUGUUUCGAGGAGCUCUCGAGAGCUAAGUGUCUUCUUUUCACCACCGCCUAUGAACUCGAACCUAAAGCCAUUGACGUUCUCACCUCCAAGCUCGAUAUCCCGGUUUACGCCACUGGUCCUUUAAUACCUUUCGAAGAACUCAUCGCCGGAAAUGACGGCAGCGAACCUGACUACAUCCAGUGGCUUGAUAAGCAACCGGAAAGCUCUGUUCUUUACAUAUCUCAGGGGAGUUUUCUUUCGGUUUCGGAAGCUCAGAUGGAGGAAAUAGUGGUGGGAGUGAAACAGAGCGGAGUCCGGUUCCUUUGGGUGGCUCGUGGGAGCGAGUCGAAGAUGAAGGAGGCUCUUAAAGGUAGCUCAGGUAUAGUAGUGAGCUGGUGCGACCAGCUCCGUGUGCUGAGCCACGAAGCUGUAGGCGGGUUUUGGACGCAUUGUGGGUUUAACUCGACAUUGGAAGGGAUAUACUCUGGUGUGCCGAUGCUGGCUUUUCCGCUGUUAUGGGAUCAGAUUCUGAACGCUAAGAUGAUUGUUGAGGAGUGGAAGGUCGGGGUGAAGAUCGAGAGGAGGAAGAAGACGGAGUUGUUGAUAGUGAGAGACGAGAUCAAGGAAGUAGUGAAGAGGUUAAUGGAUGGAGAGAGUGAAGAAGGGAAGGAGAUGAGAAGAAGGGCUUUUGACCUCAGUGAGAUUUGUAGAGGAGCUGUUGCAGGAAGCGGUUCGUCUAAUGCUAGCAUCGACGCUUUCAUUAGGGAUAUUAUCGAUUCAACUUAA